ACAGCUCCUUCGCGUUUAAUGCACUUCUGCUAUAUGUGAUUUCAUAUUUCUGUCGUUUGUGUUUAAUCUGCUAUGCUGCCCGUAGUGGUGGUGCAUGGAGGUGCUGGUCAUAUUCCUAAAGAAAGAGCUGAACUCUCUACUAUCGGUGUAAAGGAGGCAACCAGGACUGGGUAUGCCAUCCUCCAGAAGGGUGGAAGUGCCAUGGAUGCUGUAGUUGAAGCAGUGGCCCUGAUGGAGAACAAUCCGAGAUUCAAUGCAGGUCGUGGGUCAGUGCUAAAUGUGAAGGGGGAGAUGGAAAUGGAUGCAAUGGUAAUGGAUGGCAGGACUCUAGAUAGUGGGGCUGUUUCAGCGGUCAGAAGAAUUGCUAACCCCGUGCAACUGGCCAGGCUUGUCAUGGAGAAGACCAAACACUUGUGUCUGACAGCUGAAGGGGCAUCCAAGUUUGCCAGAAGCAUGGGUGUACCAGAAGUGCCUGAGGAGUCAUUGAUCACAGACUAUGCCAAGAUGCGCUGGAAGAAGAACCUGGAGCCAGAUGCCAACCCUGUGGAAUGCCAAAUGGGCAAGAUGGGAACAGUCGGAGCAGUAGCUGUGGACAAAGACGGGAACAUUGCUUGUGCCACAUCCACUGGUGGAAUGAUUAAUAAAAUGGAGGGUCGUGUGGGAGACACGCCGUGUGUUGGAUGUGGUGGUUAUGCAGAUAAUAAUAUCGGGGCAGUCUCACCCACAGGUCAUGGGGAAGCCAUCAUGAAAGUCACGCUGUCCAGACUCAUUCUCUUCCACAUGGAGCAAGGAAAGACCCCAGAGGAAGCUAGUGACCUGGCUCUUACGUAUAUGAAGGAGCGGGUGGAUGGUCUUGGUGGGGCUGUGGUGGUAGAUCCAAAAGGGACCUGGGCAGCUCAGUUCAGCAGUUUACAGAUGUCAUGGGCUGCUGCCCAGCAGGGCGAACUCCACUUUGGGCUGUACCGUGGUGAACACUUUGUUGAGCCUGUACAAGAGAACAUAUAAUGAACAUGUAUAUAUACACUCUCUCAGACACAUUUUUGGUUGAUUAUAUUUUUACAGUAAGUAUUGAAUAUAAAAGGAAAUAUGCAUGCCUGCAAAUCAGUGUUUGUGUAAAAUACAUACAUGCCUCAUGGCAGUGAUUAAGCAUUAUGCAGUUUGAAGUUGAUCUUCUCUACACCUAUGAGUAAAGCUAUGUAAGUCUUAAAUAUAUUGAUUGACAACAUAACAAAUAACUAAUGCAACACUCCUUUUUGAGGGAAGUGUAACUGUCCUUAGUGGUAAUACUGUAUAUUCUCCACUAGAUGGAGAUAUAUGAUAUUUUUGGAAUCGAGUGAAUUUAAUUUGUUGUAAGGUGCGGUGCAAAUUUAAAGGGAUAGAUCAUCCAAA